GUUUGCAGACGCAUCGCAGCAUUAUACUCCACCGGGUUCUGUCGCUCCUCCGGAGGAACACCCCGCUCCGAGUGCUGCCGCGGGCAGGGUGAGCCCCGCUGCCGUGCGCGCCCCCGGAGGGGCGGGAGAACCGCGGCAGCGGGGGGGGAGCGGCUGGGGCGGGCGCUGCCUAUAAAUACGGCUGCGGCGCGCCCCCCGCCGCUCCGUUCCCAUGGUGACGGCGUCCUGGCAACGGCGGCAGCUCCCGCAGCCCGGCCUGCGUCGGGCCCGCGCCGCUCCCCGUACCGGACGGACGGACAGGCAGACAGGGUAGGACAGGCGCUGGGGGCAAGCGCGGAGCGUCGCGGUCGGAGCGCGGCGAGGAGCGGGACCCGCGGGGCGCGGAGGAGAGGUGCGCAGCCCCCGCCCGCCGCAGUGGUAGUAUCUGGUGCCUUGCUGCUGUGAUAUGCAUAGCUCUACCUAAAUCAGUGGGAUAUUGCCACGUUCAUAGCUUUGUGUUCAAAUCCUGCAUCAAGAUCAUUGAGUUGUGCCGUGGCCCAGAGCACGAGGAGCCCAGAGCUCAGAGCUAGCAGCUUGGGCUCCUCAGGCUGCUGUGUGACCUCGUGGGACAGCCAGGCGCUCCCCAUGGACAGAGGCACUGCUUGAACACCUGGGGAGCACCGUGUGCAGGAACAGACUGCAGGCUUGGGGCAGGGCAGUGCAAUCCUGAAUGCAGACGCCAGCACCAUGAUACCCAGCUCUUGUACAGGGCUUUCUACUUACAGGCAUGCAAGAACCUAAAUGAAGAGACAUAAAUUAUUGACCAGAAAAUGGCCCAACGAAGCCCAAUCUUCCCAACUCUCGCCCAUUCUGAAAGCUUCUUUAAACUGUAGGAAAAAGAGCCUGACCUGCCUUUGUACGGACAGAGGCAGCAGCAAACAACAUCCAUUCAUCUGUAGCAGCCGGCCUUUACGGGUUCGAAACAUCCCGCUGCACAGCCAGGCGCUGACAGCGGUCCCGCUGGCAUCUGCGAGCCUGGUGGAUCAGCUGGAGGACAGAAUCCUCAGCCAUGAGAAAACCACGGCAGCGCUUGUGGAACACGCUUUUCGCAUCAAGGAGGACAUUGUUUCCACUCUGCACAGAAUGCAGAACAAAGGGGGGGGCGAUCGGUUAGCAAGGCAGCUCCUAGAAGAACACAUCCGGAACAUAACCGCCAUUGUGAGGCAGCUCAACCGGGACAUUGAGAUGCUGCAAGAACAGAUACGUGUCAGAGACAAUCUCAGCUAUGGAACAAAUUCUACCCUAAAGAGCCUGGAAAUGCGGCAGCUUUCUGGUUUAGGGGAUCUUCGUGGAAGAGUGGCAAGGUGUGAUGCUGGGCUAGCCAGACUGUCUGCAGAGCACAAAAUCACAUACGAAAGACUUCAGAGCCUAACUAAAGACCAGCACACCUCUAAGUUGAUCUUAGAAUCGAAAAUCAAAGAGACAGAAAUACAGGUAUCGCACCUGCUGAGCCGCGUGGAGCAGGCGGUGGCGCAGCAGGAAGCCAAGCUGAAGCUGGCCUACAAGGAGAGCGCGCAGCAGCUCCACCUGCUGGACACCAAAUUAAAAAAUGCUAUUGAAGAGCUCAGCAGCCAGAUUUUGUCUGCACGCAGCUGGUUGGAACAGGAACACGAGAGGAUUGAAAAAGAGCUUGUGCAAAAACUUGACCAACUCUCAUUGACUUUUAAGGAGAACACAGAAAUGAGUGAAAGAGCUAUAGAGAUGAAAUUCAGCCAGAUGUCAGAGAAAAUCAACAAAAUAGAAGAAAUACAGAAGAUAACCAUGGAAGCGCAUGAAACACAACAGACUGAAGAAAAGAUAAAUAUUCGCAUUGGCAAACUGCAAAACGAGAUUAAUGAAGAUAUAAAAGAAAUGAAAGCUGAAGUUAAUGCUGGGUUUGCAGCUAUCUAUGAGAGCAUUGGAUCUCUACGGCAAGUUCUAGAGGCAAAAAUGAAACUUGACAGAGAUGAACUACAGAAGCAGAUCCAUCAAAUGAAGCAGGAGGUUCCAAUGUGGGGAGAGGCUGGACCAUGACCACAAGAUUUUGACUGAGAUGAACACUUACUUAUCUGAAUAGGCAGACUAUAGCCUUGUUCCAGUCUGUAAUCCAAAUUAAAUGCAUGUACUGAAGGACAUGCUGCUGUUGCACAGGUCUGUAUGUUUACUUUGAGUGGUAAAUGCAAGCUUUUAAUAUACCAAUUGACAAGAAGCUUUUAUGGGCUGAGGUGCUCAUUUGCCACUGCACUACUCUAGCUGCUCUCAGGAGAUUACCAGCUGUAAAACUGGAGUAAUAUAUUGGUGAAGCUGGCACCUAAUUUGCUAACAGCGUUUCAGUGCUCCCCAGUUGUGUAGGCUUGAUCAGGCUAUUAUAUGCUUAUACAUACAUAAGCAUCUGCACCCCUGCUUUUUUUUUCCUUCCUUUUCAUUUAAAAACAAAAAGACAGAAAAACCCAAACCAGGUUGAUAUCACCUGUGUAGUAUCAGUUUGGCAAGGCUCUGCACCUUGAUAUACAUUACUGUCUUUGAAGUUGAUGGACAUUUUUGCAGUGACUUUCUCUGUCAUUACAGGACAUUGACUCCUUGUGAGGCAAAACUGGCACUGGACAGACCCAUUUUCAAAACCCUUUUUGUUUAGUUGUGCAAAUAUCCUGCGUGCGCACGUGUGUGUAAACUAAAUAGCAUUAUGUAAUGUAGUUGUAGACUAAAAAUGAUUCAUGAACAAUGUAAGAAACAACGUGUGGUCUUAGGUAUUGUGACCUUUUCAGAUGAAUAACCAAGUGGACUUGAGACGAGACAAAAAUAUUUAUAUAACAGUAUUUUUUACUUGGGCAUGUGUUCUUGUGACUUGUUUCAUUUUAUUGAUAAAAGCUUUGAAAGGUUUGAAAACAAAAGAAAGUGAUAAUCUAACAGUCUGGAGAAUGUGAUGUAAAAUAAAAUGCAGUUUAUGAUCAGAUUAGACAUUUCUCUGAAGUUCAACAGCUAACUCUUCAAUAAUUUAGUAGGUUUGAUUUUGUAAUUGAGUUCACAGUGUUUCCAAAUAAUAACGGCCUAUUUUCAUUCCCAUAACAGAUAACACGCUGAAAAUAAGCACUCAUACAAAAUACUAGCCUGUGUGGGAAAAUAUAUAUUUUGAUUUGAUAUUAUCAGCCACAGCUUCAUUUUCCUUAUCUUUUCAAAUCAUGUAGCAUUAAGCACUCACAAAAGGCUUCAUCUGGCAUCCUAUUAACUUGUACAGGUCACAGUAAUUCAUAUACAGAAAUGCUAUUCGUUUAUACAAGCAUUACUGCUAACUUGUACAAACUGAUAGGAUGUCUUCCCACUGUCUUUGUAGGCUGAUUUUUUUUCUGGCUAAUGCUGCAAAACUAGACUCUUAGUUGGACAACCUGUGGCAAGCGUUUCUCCACUUCUAUGGAGUAAUCUAUGGCCCACAAACUUACCAUAGUAAAAUAAAUAAAGGCUCUAAAAACAUUCCCAUUGCCUUCACUAGGACAGUAUACUGUGGGAAAAAAAAAAUAAUCAAGAAAACACACACUAAUCUUUACAAGAUUACUGCCUAAAUUUGUAUCCACUUCCUAUGUAGUUGUAAGUAUUUUAAUGCAAAGAUACCUGAAAUUUUUGCAGCUCUGACUUCUAGUGCUCUCCGAUAACCACACUGCCUCUGUUAUUCCUGUUCUAUACCAGCCAUGCACUGUGAAGUAUAUUUACAAUGGCAGCUAAAAGAGAAGCCCUGUUCACUAAAGGAAGACAGUGAAAUUCUCACAGAGGUGCCUUGGGAAUUGUCUAAAAAUUAAUUCUUUCUUCACGUAUCCUUCUCUGUUCUUAAAUAUUUAGCCAGGUGCAAUGGCAGUGCUAUCUCUGGUGUUCUGUAAAAUUAACAAAAACCCUGAAGAGAUGGAACAAAAACUCAACACUUUUUCUUCUGUAGCUGCAAAUACCCUAGAGAGUAUUGUACAAUACACAGAAAAAAAAGGCAUAAGGGGAAACAGAUAAACAGUUACAUAUGAAUUUAAUAAAAUGUUUCUCUUAUAAAAUGUUGUGUGAUUCAAGGUUAUAUUGAAUCGCUAUGACCCUGCAGGGAAAACUCCUUAACUCCUGCUCCUUCGAUGAACUCCAAUAUGUUAUGCUGGAGAUUGGUUUUGUUCCACAUGCUUGGCUAUGAUGCCAUUAUUGCCUGAAUUGCAGGACAAGACUGGAGGGUCUUCACAGUUUGUGCUUACUAUAAAGCUUAAGCAAUAUCGAAAGUCAUCAUACAGUGAAGCAGAUCUUUAGUCCCUGCCUGGCCUUUCAUUUAAUAGAAAUUCAAUGAUGGUACAAAGGUGUGCAACAUUUUUUCCUAGGGGAUACAUGGCCUUUGAACAAAGAAUAAGAAAAACCAUGAAACCCAAAGAUCUGCUGAGCCCUUCCAAGCCAGCAUGCGAAUUUGGAUCAGCAGGUCCACCUCUGGUCCCUGAAGGAAAAUUCCCCUCUCAAAAAAACUCCCUGAGCUCAAUAGAGGAGCUCAGACAGCAAUUCUUACCUCAUUCACUCCUUUCUGGAGCACACAGAGCACAGGAGGCAGGUAAAACAACUACACUCUUCUAGGCUGAGUUCUCCUUAUGGAAGAGUUUACAGAAGCAGAAAUUUCAGGGGCGUCUUCAACUCAAAACUAUGCUACUGUAGGGUGUCCCCAUUCUAUAAAUCUAAAGCCAAAUAUCACAUCAGUAUAACAGCUUCCAGCAGCAUGAGAUUAAGAGAGCAGGUAGGAACUGCUGCAAAGUACAACUUUAAAUGAUGAAAUAUCUUUGUGAUUGAAAUGCAAGACCUGCAUUUCCAAGAAUGUUUCUGAAAUCAGAUUACUUUCUCCUUCUUCCUUUCUCUUCACCAUUUUUCAGAAGUCACCAUUAAAAAUAUUGAUAAUAGUGUAGCUGAAAGCAAGUAUAAAUAGAGCACACAGUGAGCCAACAAAUCCCAAAGUUCUAAGAGAUAUCAUUUGUAAGCUUAGGUGAGAUAGAAGAAAAUGAUCAAGUGAUGCCAGCACUUUUGAUUUGCAUUUUAGGGAGCAUUUGCUACCAUACUUGAACAUAUAGGAUUCAGCUCUGACUAUUCUUAAAUUAAAACCAAAUCAACCCAAAUGCCAAAGCAAAUCCAAAGCAGAACUCUUCCUAAUACAGCAAAAAGAACUGGUGCUAUACAGAGUGAAUGGAAGAACUCUUGCUGAGCAGAGGGACUUCAUUUACUGUUGCAGAACCCACCAGCUAUCUAUGCCCUAUCCCAUAACAUCACUGCUAUGGAAGUUGUAGGGACCAGACUAAAGCAGAUCAGUUCCUCUCGUGAGAUAAAAAACGUAGUUUUGUCAGCUCCUCAGCUCACACAAGGCUUUAAGCACUUGCAGUCUGCAGACCACAGGAUUCAGUCUGAGUGACAUGACAAAGCAUCUGUGGGCAACCUCAUGAAAAUCCUUCUAACUGGAGUACAUGCCUCUUCCUCAUGUGAUACCACAGCAAAACUACAGCACCAUGCAUCCAGAAGUUACUGGAAAAUGAACUGUCAAUAGUGACAGAAUAAUUGUGUUAUUUACACUCAUUAGGCAAGUUAGUGAUGCAAAUAAAAUUUAAAAAGAUGAUCUUGAUUUCAACGCCCAGUUGUUUAUGUAGUGCAGUUUGACAUCACUGAUAGUAAUCCAAUAGUGAUGCAAUUCAGUGGACACAGUUUUGGCAUUAGAGAAAAACAGUGUGAAAGAAAACAUACAGCAGCACACGUUACACCAAGUUAAACUGAACCAACCUUGUCUCAGUUUCUACAUUUUUCUGUUGGCAGUCAGCAACAGAGAAUGCUCUCCUUAUCUUCAAAUUAAAGUGCUCAGAAGACACACGUUCCAAUUACAGAAGUGUCUAGUAAGAGACAUGAAAAAUGGAUGAAGUCCUCCUACGCACAGAGAAGGUGUUUCUCCUGUGACCUUCUCUGUGGCAUAAGAAAUCUAGAGGCAAUUUCAAAUAAACGCAAAGAAAUUCAGCAACUCCUCUAUUAAACAGGCCACUGGGUGUCACCAUUACUCCUGUCAAGUAAAGAAAAGUGCUGGCUUUACUGGGACGAUCCCUAACAAUAUCACAGCUUGCAGGCUCACCUCAAUUUACAAAUUACUACUCAUUUGGACAACUGAAAAAAGACAUUUGGAACCUUCUGAAGCUUCAGUACAGACUGACAUUUCAUUAACUAGAAUUCUGAGGGAGAUUGGUGUGAUCCUUUAGACCGUGCAAGGAACACCAAGUGGAAACCAAGGUCCUUUGCUAUCAUUUCUGUCAGCAAAACUUAAGUCAACACAUGGCACUAAAAGGUAAGGUAAAACCAGAUGAAAUUUACUGGCAGUUCUUCUCAAAUAGAGGAUCUUAAAAAUCAUACAAAGCUCAAAGAUCAACAUGCAUUUCAAACAGGUCAUUUCAGGAGCAGCUGCUGGCAUGCAGGGUUCUUAUCCCAGCACUGCCUCCCCUCCUGAGAGGGGCUUUGGCACGAGGACCACAGGGUAAUCCAAACAGUUGCUAGCAGAUGAUGUUCUGGGCCUAGUGCAAAAUGCUGCUCUCAAAUCCAUGCAAGAAUAAUCUCAAUAUAAUAAUAUUGGAAUAGCCUUAACAGUGCAGAAAUACUUGAGAGAGCUGUAACUUUUGCUGGCAGAGAUCAGUGAAGGAAAAAAAAAAAAAAAGAAA